GCAAUAUACACAAACGCAGAAAAUAUACAAACAGAACGAAAAGUGAUUCCUGCCGGGACGACGGUGUAUUUUUGAACGGUGCAAAACUCUUUCACAGGCAAAAAGCAUGAACAAUUCUAACCUUCGAGAUGCUUUUCAAGUUCUUACCAACGAAGCCAAAGAUUUGUUCCUUCCUGCCAGCAUACCGGAAACGUUCGGUAUUCCAAGUGCGCUAGAGUUUGUGCGUGACAGUGUAGCAAAAAAUCUGCCACUCAUCAUGCGUGAGGCGAUAAACGAUUGGCCAGCGGUGGAGAAAUGGAACUCCAAGUACUUUCGAGAAACGCUUGUCGACAAGGAGGUAACGGUAGCGAUCACACCCAACGGCUAUGCGGAUGGGUUGGCCCUUCACGAGGAGGAAGAAUAUUUCGUCCUGCCGCUAGAGCAAAGCAUGUGUAUGGGAGAUUUCUUGGACGCUCUUGAUCAGAAGCAUCCGGAUGCCAUUCCUUACAUACAGCGCCAAAAUUCAAACCUUACCGAGGAUUUCCAAGAGCUGUGGAUGGACGUCAACGAAAGCAGUCUAGAUUUUGCAUCGGAAGCGUUCAACAAGAAGCCGGAUGCUAUCAACUUCUGGAUGGGAGACGAACGAGCAAUCACAUCCAUGCAUAAAGAUCCGUACGAGAACAUCUACUGUGUGAUUUCGGGCUACAAAGACUUCAUACUGAUUCCACCGAUCGAUCUGCACAACGUACCCCGAAGGCAUUAUCCGAUGGGCAUUUACAUGCAGGAAAAUGACGACAAAAUAGUGAUCGAACCAAUUCUGGAUGAGAUUGGCAAACCGCGGCUUAUCGAGUGGGUCAGCGUGGAUCCACUGGCACCGGAUUUGGAACGAUUUCCGUGCUAUGCCGACGCGACGACGUACGAAAUUCGGCUGAACGCAGGUGAUCUGCUGUAUCUGCCUAGUCUGUGGUACCAUCACGUGCGACAAAGCCACAAAUGCAUUGCGGUCAACUUUUGGUACGACAUGGAGUACGAUGCACGCUACUGUUUCUACCGAAUGAUGGAAAAGCUGUGCAAUUAUGGCCAAUAAAGACGAGACGAGCCGAGUGUUUACGGUACAUUUUUAGCUCAAAUUGGUGUGGUGAUCAUGAGCGCGAAAUGAGAAUAAAUUAAAAGCGAAAUGAAAACAAA